UUUCCAUUUUCUCUCUCACUACUCAUAAGUUAUUACCUACGCCACUUUCUCUCUCUUCACCGUUAACCUAAACACCACCGUCAGUAACCGCAUCGCAUGGCAGACACUCAGAGAAACAGAAACCGUCCCGCCGUUAUCAACAACCGUCAACCAAAUCGAUUGCAAAGCCGCGCUCCGUCGUCACUUCAAAUUAAUCGUACCGUCGAUUGGAACAUCGCGAUUCCACUUCUGUCGCCGGUGGCUUCGUCACCGCCGCCUCAGACUCAAGCAAAGAGGGAGGAGAUCAAGCCGCAGCAGCAGCGAAGACAGAUCGCAGAGGCGGAGAAGAUAGUUUUCAAGAAGUGGCAGCAUCCUGCGGCACCGUUUUGCUAUGAACCUGCUUCGGUUGUUCCACGCUUCUGUUAAUUUAACUGUAAAUUGAAAAAACGAUUAACAUUUUUAAUUUGUAUACAUAUACUUUGAUGAAUGAUGAUACACCUUAUUUUGUUUUUUGAAAAAGAAAUUAAAACAAAAUAAGGUUUUAUUACUUUAAUCUUAAAGCAUGUUAGAGAGUUUAAAUUACUAGUGUGAUUCCAUAAUUUUGUUUGAUUAUUUUUUUUUCUGUGAGAGUAUGAUUAGUGUAUAGGGCAAAGUUUUAAA